UCAAGUUAAAUUAUUAUAUAAAGCCCUUGUCCAUUUUGGUGAUUACUGUCACUAGUCGAGAGUCUCGACGACCCACAGACAAGAGUUAUUUUUAGAUUCAGAUAAACCUAUUGCUAGAUUAAAUAGGUUAAUCUAUUCUUUACGCAGCAUUGGACUGAGUACUAAAUCAUGUACUGGUACUAAGACAGACAGUCAGGUCAAAGAUUUAGAAGAAGGCUAUUAGGGAAAGGACAACGCCUCUAGAUCUGUUUAGCGAACGGUCUCUCCUUUUUGGCUUUGAAUAGUUUUCCGGGAUUUAACCAGAGAGCAGCUGUCUGUCACAACAAAGAUGGAGGAGAAAGCUAGCUAGCACUGUACAUCCACCGAGGACCUUAAAGCUAAAACAACAUUGGACCAGUUUCUCUACUGAUUAUAUAUAUAUAUUUUUUGAUAUCGUGAUUUUCAAGAUGGAUACUGCCGUAUUUCCCGAGGAUGUCGUUGUAAAAAAGGUUUCCAUCGUUGGAUCGGAGCUCGUAGAGAAUUACACUGUGUACGUCAUUGAGGUGAAAGUAAGGGAUCACAGAUGGACCAUAAAGCAUCGCUACAGUGAUUUCCAUGACUUGCAUGAGAAACUGACAGCUGAGAAGAAGAUAGAGAAACAUUUACUUCCGCCUAAGAAGAUGAUCGGUAAAAACUCCAAAAGCUUGGUAGAGAAACGUCAGAAGGAACUGGAAGUCUACCUACAAACACUGCUGGUCAGAUUCCCUACAGCUGCCCCUAAAGUCCUCUCCUACUUUCUGCACUUCCACCAAUAUGAAAUGAAUGGAAUCACAGCCUCUCUGGCAGAGGAGCUGUUCCACAAGGGAGAGCAGUUGCUGGUGGCUGGUGAGGUGUUCACAUUGUGUCCCCUCCAGCUGUAUGCCAUCACUCAGCAGCUGAAGCUGGCCAAGCCUACCUGCUCUAAUGGUGACGCCAAGGCAGACCUAGGACACAUCCUGGACUUCACCUGCAGACUCAAAUACCUCAAGAUCACAGGCACCAGAGGAGAGGUGGGGACCAGUAACAUCCAGGAAGACAGCCUCACGUUUGACCUUUCAGUCUUUAAAGCUCUCCGACAGAUAGAGAUAAGUGACUGUAACUCGGCCCAGAUCAUGGGACUGCCUUCUCUGAAACCCUGUCUGGUCACGCUGAAUGUCCACCACUCUGCAGCAUCCAUGAUGGAUGUGCUGGUUCCGGAGGCAUGCGUGUCCCCUCAGUGGGUCGCAGAGGGAGCGCUUACGGACCGGCCCGUCGCCACCAUCAUCCCUACCUGGAAGACUCUCACCACCCUGGACAUGAGCCACAACCACAUAGGCUGCAUAGACAACUCAGUGAAAUUGAUACCAAAAGUAGAAUUCUUAGAUCUUAGUUCCAACGAGCUCUCUAUGGUGGAAAACCUUCAGCACCUGUACAAUCUGAUCCACCUGGACCUUUCUUACAACAUUCUGACAGUGUUAGAGGGGGCCCACACCAAACUGGGUAACAUCAAGACCCUCAACCUGGCAGGCAACCAGCUCGACAGCCUCGCAGGCCUCACUAAGCUAUACUCUCUGGUUAACCUGGACCUCAGCUCCAACAAACUGGGACAGCUUGAGGAGAUCAGGUACAUAGGAAUGCUGCCCUGCCUGGAGAGGCUGGUCCUGUCUAACAACCCCAUGUGUAUCAUCCCUGACUACAGAACCAAGGUGCUGGCUCAGUUCUGGGACCGUGCCUCAGAGGUAUGCUUGGACAGCACUGCUCCGACAGAGAAAGAGCUGGACACUGUGGAGGUGUUGAAAGCUAUUCAGAAAGCCAAAGAAUCUAAAGACCGAAUGGCCAACAACAACGAAAAGAAGAUCAGUGAGGACUCCAGGCUGUCUGGUGGUGGACCUUCCAUCUCCUCCUCUGUCGCUGCCGCCUCUUCCUCCUCUUCCUCUCUCCUCUCCUCAGCCCUAGCCCCAGCCUGCUCCAGCCAAGAAUUGAUAUGUAAAGAAGAAGGCUUUGUUACCCCUACAAUAUUGACUCCUGUGGAUUUUAUUGCACUUGAUACCCAGCGAUGCUAUGAUGAUGUAAACACACUGCCUUGUGAGGAACAACUGCAGGUUACCAGCCACCAACCUGAUGCUGAUUCUAGUUCUUUUGAACGCUCCAGUACCCAACAGAACCAGAACAGUAGCUGCUGCUGCUAUGUGCAGGACAGAGAGGAGCGAUACACAUGGAGCAACACUAACCUGAGGACCCCUGUGCUCCCCCUCCACCUCCCCUCCACCUCCUCCUGUCCGUCCUUCACCUCUCUGCUGUCUGCCCGCAUCACCAGAGCCCUGGGAGAGGAGAACAGGAGGCCCAGCAGACUCCGAGAUCUCCCCGGCCAGGAAGAGACUGAUCUGGGCAGCCCCAGCCCCAGCCCCUCUGGAGAUGGAUACUUUGAGAUGGGUCUGGGGGAGGGAAAGGAGAGGGAGGGAGAGGAGGAGGGGUCCCUGACUGACCCGGUAGAGGGAGAGAACCAGGCCCCAGAGACAGAGGUGUUACAUGUGACCAAAGUCAUGUGGUGCCACUGCAUCAGGGUUGAUGAUGUGGUGGAGCAGAGGUCGGUGUGUGUGGUGCUAACAAAUAGUCUACUGGGGCUGUUCCACUGUCCUCGUUACGCCUCCACAGCCCCAACCCAUCAACCCCAGAGCCAGCCUCACGACCUUGGCUCAGUCACAUUUCAGACCCAGGACGUAACCCUGGAAACUCUAGUAGAUAACCUGGAGCCAGACCUCGUCCUUCCCUAUGACCAGCUAGACUCUCUCCUCUUCUACAUCCCAGACACUUGCCUUUCCCUGAGGGUGAGGUCCUCUGAUGUCCACUGGUACCUCUUCUCAGACCCCAAGGGUUUAAAAGAGACCCACUCCCUGCUCUGCUCCCUGGCCCAGCUCCCCUCCUCCCCGUCAGGAGGACCCUCCACCCCACAGCAGCUCCUCCACCUGCUCUUCACCUCCUGGGAGAUGGAAGAGAACCAGAGCUGUGUGAAAGGAGGUUAUGCGGCACAUCUAGUGGAGACUGCCAUGUUGUCGUCCCAGACCAGCCAGCGGACAACCUCCUCAACAAACCCAACUCUCACUCCAACGAAGACCUCUACUAACCCAGAUACCUUCACCCUCCGAACUCUAACCAAUCCCCUUCUCUCUGACAUCCUAUCCCACGUAGUUCCAGGAGGGGACAGAGACUCCUCCUGCUGUGUCCCCUGUGUCUUGUUCUUGACCCAGCGCCAUCUCUGUGUGCUGAAGGUGGACUUCAAAGCUCUGGCCCGAGGAACCACCGUAGAUGAACCGUCAGACGACCACAACCAGAGGCUCCGCUCCUGCUCCAGGCUCAGCCGCAUCCCCCUGGCCUCCGUGCUGCCCCACCCAAGGCCGAGUGCCCAGUAUGGGGCUGGUGCUGGGUCUAUCCCUGCCUACUCUCCCAGCUGCCCUUUGACCUGGCACCACCGCUCCCCCAGAGACGGCCGUGUCAUGGAGCUCCUAGUGGGACAGGAGAGGGUCACGGCGGUGUUCCCGUUGCCUCACGACAGGCUCCGUUUCCAGAAACAGUUCACCCUGCUGCGCUCCAGCCUCAGGGACAUCAAGACUGUGGCUUUCCUGCAGGGUGGGAACGAACAUAGCCACAGUGACGGGGACAGUCCCAGGACGAUAAAUCUCUACACGUCCACUCCCAAUGAGACCAAGAGCACGGACAGACUGCAGGUUAACAGCCCUCGAGGUGCUCAGCGUCCUCGGCCAUCCCUGUCCCUGUCCUACCCAACAGACAUCCUGGUGGAGAAGCUGACCGGAGACAAUCAGGUCCCAUCCCACCUGACCCUGUCCCCAGCCCUGUCCCUCGUCUCUGGGCUUAGGGGACACCAGCUGCUGGGGUUCUUCCACACAAACAUUGCAGAGGAAGAGAAGGAAGAGCUGCAUCACAUCCUGUGGUCAUCGGUGGUUUUUUAUAAGUCACCUGACGUCGAGGCCACUUCCUGUAUCAUGCUCUCUACCAAAGCCCUCUACUUCCUGCUGGAUGACUCCGCCUCCACUCUCAAUGACCAAUCACUACUGUGGGACUGGAGCCACUGUGACCAUCGGGACCCAGAGCUGAUCAUGUCUUACUGUUUCACCAUCGACCUCCACGACCUCCACUCUGUCAACGUGGGCCUGUUUGACCAGUACUUCAGGGUGGUGGGGCCGUCAGCGGACCACAUCAUCUGCUGUCUGACGAGGGACAGUUACGGGACACACCGCUUCCUGCAGCAGCUGAUGACGGUCCUCUCUCUACAGGACAAACUACCCUCUCCUGAACCCUCCGAACAAGACUUCUACACACAGUUUGGAAAUAAAUCUACAGGUAAGAUGGGGAACUAUGAACUGGUCCACUCUAGCAGGGUAAAGUUCAUCUACCCGAGCGAAGAAGAGAUUGGAGACCUGACCUUUAUCGUAGCCGAGAGGAAAGGUCCUUCUGGGGCAUCCAGCUGUAAUAUCCUGCUCUACGUACUGGUCUUCCAGGUGCAGACCCAGGGGCUAGGUUUCUCCCAGACCCAGGGGCUAGGUUUCUCCCAGACCCAGGGGCUAGGUUUCUCCCAGACCCAGGGGCUAGGUUUCUCCCAGACCCAGGGGCUAGGUUUCUCCCAGACCCAGGGGCUAGGUUUCUCCCAGACCCAGGGGCUAGGUUUCUCCCAGACCCAGCUGCAGACAGACAGACUUCUACUGGGGGUCUGCAGGGGGGAUAGAGAGUCUCACCUCCACCCCCAGAGCCCGGUCUCUGCUAGCCAACCCCGUCUUCACCCCUACCCCCAGGCUACAGGCCCAGCCACCUCCACCAGGCCCCAUAUCCCCCAACAGAGCAUGCCUCCCCAGGCUCCCUCCACCCCCAGGCCUGUCCUCCAUCCUAAGACUCUGAUCCUAACCAGCACAGACGUCUUCCUGUUGGAUGAGGAUUAUAUCAGCUACCCGCUGCCGGACUUUGCCAAGGAGCCCCCUCCCCGAGACAAGUACCAACUGACCGAUGCUCGACGAAUAAGAGACCUGGAUAGAGUCCUCAUGGGUUACCAGACGUACCCACAGGCGCUGACGUUAGUCUUUGACGAUGUCCCUGGGCCAGACCUCCUCUGUCAGCUUACCAUGGACCACUUUGGAGAAGAGGAGGUGGGAGGAGGAGGAGGGGAGAAGGGGAGGAGAUGUGGCAGAACAGAGAGCGAGGUACUGUGGUGUAUCUAUGUCCCCGGAGCAGACAGCAGGGAGAGGCUGAUAUGUCUGUUAGCAAGACAGUGGGAAGUGCUGUGUAGUAGGGAGCUACCUGUAGAACUCACUGGCUGACUGGCUGGUUCUUCUGCCUGUAGAACUAACUGGCUGGUUCUUCUGCCUGUAGAACUAACUGGCUGGUUCUUCUGCCUGUAGAACUGACUGGCUGGUUCUUCUGCCUGUAGAACUAACUGGCUGGUUCUUCUGCCUGUAGAACUAACUGGCUGGUUCUUCUGCCUGUAGAACUAACUGGCUGGUUCUUCUGUCUGUAGAACUGACUGGCUGGUUCUUCUGUCUGUAGAACUGACUGGCUGGUUCUUCUGCCUGUAGAACUGACUGGCUGGUUCUUCUGCCUGUAGAACUCACUGGCUGGUUCUUCUGCCUGUAGAACUCACUGGCUGGUUCUUCUGCCUGUAGAACUCACUGGCUGGUUCUUCUGCCUGUAGAACUGACUGGCUGGUUCUUCUGCCUGUAGAACUCACUGGCUGGUUCUUCUGCCAGUAGAACUCACUGGCUGGUUCUUCUGCCAGUAGAACUCACUGGCUGACUGACUGGUUCUUCUGCCUGUAGAACUAACUGGCUGCCUGACUGGUUCUUCUUCCAGGUUUUAAAGCAUGGCUCUACGCUGACCUUUUUUACUAGGAGCAUGUGUGCACCUGUUGAAAAAUGUUGGCGCACACAAAGUAAUUUAGGAGCACAAUGAAAAGUAUUUGAGAUAUCAAAGCUAGAAUCACACAGCUAAAUAUUUAGACACAUAUACGAGUAGAAUGGUGGCACUGUUGAGCCCUGAAAAGAUGGCGGCUUUCAAACCAAUGUUCACAGGCUGACGGAUGGACUACGUUACCAUAAACCGCCUUCAUAGGCUGACGGAUGGACUACGUUACCAUAACCUGCCUUCACAGGCUGACGGAUGGACUACGUUACCAUAACUAGCCUUCACAGGCUGGCGGAUGGACUACGUUACCAUAACCAGCCUUCACAGGCUGACGGAUGGACUACGUUACCAUAACCUGCCUUCACAGGCUGACGGAUGGACUACGUUACCAUAACCAGCCUUCACAGGCUGACGGAUGGACUACGUUACCAUAACCCGCCUUCACAGGCUGACGGAUGGACUACGUUACCAUAACCCGCCUUCACAGGCUGACGGAUGGACUACGUUACCAUAACCAGCCUUCACAGGCUGGUGGAUGGACUACAUUACCAUAACCAGCCUUCACAGGCUGACGGAUGGACUACGUUACCAUAACCCGCCUUCACAGGCUGACGGAUGGACUACGUUACCAUAACCCGCCUUCACAGGCUGACGGAUGGACUACGUUACCAUAACCUGCCUUCACAGGCUGGUGGAUGGACUACGUUACCAUAACCCGCCUUCACAGGCUGACGGAUGGACUACGUUACCAUAACCUGCCUUCACAGGCUGGUGGAUGGACUACGUUACCAUAACCCGCCUUCACAGGCUGAUGGAUGGACUACGUUACCAUAACCAGCCUUCACAGGCUGGUGGAUGGACUACGUUACCAUAAACCGCCUUCACAGGCUGAUGGAUGGACUAACCAAACAAGACACAAGGGACAAACAGGGAAUCAAAUCCCCCAAAGAUUCCUCUUCUUCUCCUCCUUCCCCUCUUCCUCCCCUGUUCCUCCUCCUCUCAAAGGAAGUUCUGUGAUGUUUCUUAUCGUUUAUAAUCCAAAUGCAUCCUGGGAAUUUGUACAGUCCACACAAGUGUGAUAUUUAUUUAUCUUUGUACAUAGCUCCGCCCCCAACCCAUAGCUCAUAUUAUUAUUAUUUUUGUAAAUAUGAAAGUGUUAUUAUUGCUGGUCAUUUGUUUGUCUUUUUCUUUCCUCCCCCAUGACACCUUAACGCCUAUACACUUCGACAAAACAUUAGGAACACCGUCCUAAUAUUGAGUUGUACCCCCUUUUGCCCUCAGAACAGCCUCAAUUCGUCGGGGCGUGGACUCUACAAGGUAUUGAAAGCGUAACACAGGGAUGCUGGUCCAUGUUGACUCCAAUGCUUCCCACAGUUGUGUCAAGUUGGUUGGAUGUCCUUUAGGUGGUGGACCGUUAUUGAUACACAGUGUUGCAGUUCUUGACACAAACCGGUGCGUCUGGCACCGUACACCAUUCAAAAGGCACUUACAUAGUCAUACCUCUUCACUGUUUUCACAUUUUGUUAUGUUACAGCCUGAACUCAAAAUUGAUUAAAUAUAAAACAUUUCUCACCCAUCUACACACAAUACCCCAUAAUGACAUCACAAUACCCCAUAAUGACAUCACAAUACCCCAUAAUGACAAAGCUAAAAAAAAAAUAUGUUUUUAGAAUUGUUAUCAAAUUGAAUUAAUAUGAAAUACAGAAAUAUCUAAUUUACGUAAGUAUUCACACCCCCGAGUAAAUACUUGUUUGAAUCACCUUUAGGAGCGAUUACAUCUGUGAGUCUUUCUGGGUAAAUCUCCCAAGAGCUUUCCACAUCUGGAUUGUGCAACAUUUGCCCAUUUUAGUCUUCUCAAAUUGGUUGUUUAUCAUUGCUAGACAACUACUUUCAGGUCUUGCCAUACAUUUUCAAGCAGAUUUAAUUCAAAACUGUAACUAAGCCUCUCAGGAACAUUCACUGUGUUCUCGGUAAGCAACUCCAGUGCAGAUUAGGCCUUGUGUUUUAGGUUAUUGUCCUGCUGAAAGGUGAAUUCAUCUCCCAGUAUCUGGUGGAAAGCAGACUGAACCAGGAUUCCUGUAGGAUUUCACCUGUACUUAGCUCCAUUUCAUUGAUUUUUUUUUUUAUCCUGAAAAACUUACCAGUCCCUAACGAUUACAAGCAUACCCAUAACAUGAUGCCGUGGUACUCAGUAAUGUGUUGUGUUUGGGACAAAUCCAAUAGAACACUUUGUAUUCAGGAUAAAAAGUGAAUUGCUUUGCCACAUUUGUUGCAGUAUUACUUUAGUGCCUUGUUGCAAACAGGAUGUAUGUUUUGGAAUAUUUUGUAUUCUGUACAGGCUUUCUUCUUUUCACUGUCAAUUAUGUUCGUAUUGUGGAGUAACUACAAUGUUGUUGAUCCAUCCUCAGGUUUCUCCUAUCACAGCCAUUCAACUCUGUAACUGUUUUAAAGUAAUUUAAAACCUCAUGGUGUAAUUAAUAACUUCACCAUGCUCAAAGGGAUAUUCAAUGUCUGCUAUAAAUAUUUUUUACCAAUCUACCAAUAGGGGCCCUUCUUUCUGAGGCAUUGGAAAACCUCCCUGGUCUUUAUGGUUGAACCUGUGUUUGAAAUUCACUGCUCGACCUUACAGAUAAUUGAAUGUGUGGGGUACAGAGAUGAGGUAGUCAUUAAAAAAAUCAUGUUAAACACUUAUUGCACAGAGUGAGUCCAUGCAACUUAUUACGUGACUUGUUAAGCACAUUUAGGCUCCUUGCCAUAACAAAGUGGUUGAAUAAUUAUUGACUCAAGACAUUUCAGCUCUUCAUUUUUAAUUAAUUUGUAAACAUUUCUAAAAACAUGAUCACUUUCACAUUAUGGGGUAUUGUGUGUAGGCCAGUGAUGACAAUCUAAAUGUAAUCCAUUUUUAAAUUCAGGCUGUAACAAAACAAAAUGUGGGAACAGUCCAGCAGAGUGAAGACUGAAAGCACUGUAAAUAUUUAGUCUUGUAUUUUGUCACUCUGAAUGGCACACAAACACAAUCCAUGUCUUAAUCGUCUUGAAGCUUAACAAUCCUUAUUGAACCCUUGUCUCUUCCCCUUCAUCUACACUGAUUUAACAAGUGACAUCAAUAAGGGACCUUUUCACCUGGGUCAUGUAAAAAAAAAACAGGUGUUCCUAAUGUUUUGUUAACUCAAGUGUAGUGCACUACUUUUGACCAGGGGGAAGGGAGUGCACUAUAAAUGGAAUAGGGUGCUAUUUGGGAUACUAAGGCCUCAGUCAUCAGGAAGGAACAUGCACUCUGCCCGGGAAACAAGAACCAUCGUCAGUAGAACACCUUGAAACACAAAGGGUUCUUGGUCAACAGAAUGUCCUUGUCUGCUGAACCCUUCGUUCUGGUCUCUCUCUCUCUCUGGUCUCUCACUUUCUAAAUUAAAAAUAAUUAUUUAUAA